AUGCCAGUUGUAUACGGUCCUCAGCCGCUGAAGCCGUUGAACUCAGAGACCAGACACGGAUUUGAGGAGCAAUAUAAUAGUGAACAAUUCCUACAAUCUUUGGCAAAUGACUUCAUAUUCUACUUCGAUGACAAGAGACAUAGAACGAAUGGGAACCCUACACCCGAGGAAGAGAAGCAGGAAGACGCGAAUCAUUACUAUCAGCCGAUUCAGGACUGGAAAAUUAUGAAAGAUCGGCAAAAAACGGUCAGUGCAGCGUUAUUGCUGUGCCUAAACCUGGGGGUUGAUCCUCCAGAUGUUAUCAAGACGCAUCCUUGCGCUAGAACGGAGGCCUGGGUUGAUCCUUUGAACUUUCAGGACUCCAAGAAAGCCAUCGAGCAGAUAGGCAAGAACCUGCAGUCGCAAUACGAGACCUUGUCACUUAGAACACGAUACAAGCAAAGUCUGGAUCCCUGUGUGGAGGAUGUGAAAAGGUUUUGCAACUCUUUGAGACGUACUUCCAAAGAUGAUAGGAUAUUGUUCCACUAUAAUGGGCACGGCGUGCCGCAGCCCACACCCUCGGGCGAGAUUUGGGUCUUCAAUCGAGGUUACACUCAGUAUAUUCCUGUAUCUCUGUAUGAUUUGCAGACGUGGCUCGGAGCUCCGUGUAUCUACGUCUACGAUUGCAAUAGUGCGGGAAACAUCGUUACGAAUUUUCAGAAGUUUGUUCAAAAGCGAAUAAGAGAUGAGGAGGAGGGGAUACCGAACGCAGCUGCUCCAUCUCGCGCUUCUGCAUAUGCCGAAUGCUUUCAAUUGGCAUCAUGUAGAUCGAAUGAGCUACUGCUGUUGAGUCCGGAAUUGCCUGCAGAUCUUUUCACAUGUUGUCUGACUUGUCCCAUCGAGAUAAGUGUGCGGGUAUUCCUGAUGCAGUCUCCCUUGAAGGAUUCAAAGUACAGAAUCUUCUUCGAGAGUUCCACUGGUGACAGCCCUGACGACUCCCAGCAGCCUUAUGUCUGCAAUACCCCUAGCGUUAAUAUACCAGGAGUUCUCUCGGACAGGCGAACGCCUUUAGGGGAGCUAAAUUGGAUCUUUACAGCUAUCACUGACACAAUAGCGUGGACGUCGUUGCCUAGACCUCUAUUCAAAAAACUAUUCAGGCAUGAUCUCAUGGUGGCAGCCCUGUUUCGAAAUUUUCUUCUGGCUAAGAGAAUAAUGCCAUGGUAUAAUUGCCAUCCGGUUUCAGACCCUGAACUUCCCGAUAGCAUUGCAGAUCAUCCGAUGUGGAAAUCAUGGGAUUUGGCGCUCGAUGAAGUUCUCAAUAAACUAGUUGAUGACCUGAAAAAUGCACCUGCGACAUCAGAUUUGGAAAGUAAGAUGAUUUUACAGCAACAGGAAAGUUUGCAAAAUCAACAGCCUAAUCAACAACAGGAGCUGAAAUCGGGGAGUAUACAGGGCCACUCGAGAUUUGCCGUCGCCAAUUUGAGCACCAUGUCUCUAGCUAGCCAUCCAGCAAUUGCAUCCACGCCAAAAAAAUCAUCAGCCAAUCUGCAGUUGACUCAACCGCAGCCAGCUCCACAACAGCAAUUUACUGGAUUCUUUGAACAGAAUCUAACCGCUUUUGAACUUUGGCUGAAAUAUGCAUCAAACACAAGACAUCCACCCGAACAGCUGCCGAUAGUAUUGCAGGUGCUCCUCUCUCAAGUGCAUAGAAUACGUGCGUUAGUUUUACUAUCGAGAUUUCUUGAUUUAGGGCCUUGGGCUGUGUAUUUGUCCCUUUCUAUCGGCAUAUUCCCCUACGUUCUGAAGCUGCUUCAAAGCCCUGCACCAGAGCUGAAGCCAAUUCUAGUGUUUAUCUGGGCUAGAAUAAUGUCAAUUGACUAUAAGAACACACAGGCAGAAUUGAUGAAGGAGAAAGGAUACAUGUAUUUCGUUUCCGUGCUGGUACCAGAUUUCGGUUUACAUAUGUCGCCUACAAGUGGUGCCUCGUUGAACAGCGGUUCGCCACUAACCAUGACCGCUUCACCUAAUGUUAAUGCUCCUAGGGGUGACGCAUAUCAUCAGCAGCAGCAGGCCAACGCCGCUUUGACAGGACUCUAUCACUCUAGUGACACCACCGACGAGCAAAAGGCCAUGUCAGUCUUUGUGCUAUCUUCAUUUGUAAGAGAUUUUCCACUAGGACAGAAAAACUGUUUCAGCCUGGAGCUGAUUAAUAAACUGUGCUUCUACAUUGACAACUCCGAGGUCCCUCUAUUGCGACAAUGGUGUAUUAUCUUCAUCGGGCAGUGCUGCUCUCAAAAUCCCCUUAACCGUUUUAUAUGCAUGACUGCAGGGAUAAUCGAUGCUUUAAUUCGCUCUUUGAAGGAUCCAGUUCCAGAAGUAAGGGCGGCAACAUUAUUAGCUCUGAAACAUUUCAUCUCUGACAUAGACGAUGCAGACCACAUUCUCAAGCUUCAGCAGGGCUUGGAGCAGCAAUAUCAGCAGCUGCAAACACAGCUCCAACAAUUACGGGGUUCAGGUCAUCAACAGCAAUCGCAGCCUCCAGAUCAUCCGCUGCUAAAAAUUGAACAGCAAAUACAGCAUUGUCAAGCUAUGCAGUUGCAGGUGCAGAAUAUCGAUUCAAGGAAGCUCAAAAUGCAAGAAAUAUCCAAUCUCGUCUCUGUGUUGGGGCUAAUCAACGAUGGCUCUCCAUUAGUCAGAAAGGAGGCCAUUAUAUUCUUUUCGCAGGUGGUUUACCGGUACAUUAAUUUCUUUAUCGUUGUGGCCUUCAAUGGUUUGACGGAGGAGAUAAUUCAGAUGGAGGGAUCGGAUGCGGACACCCAACAUUACACCGAUAAGUUCUCCGUUAGUCAUGGAUCCGUGUUUGCCACAGUUUGGGAGGCUUUACUUAUUCUAGCCGAGGAUCCCUUUCCUGAGAACAGGGCAUUGGCUGGGCAUGUUGUUGAGUAUAUUAUACUGGAACUGAGCUCUCAUAAGGAUCUAGGCGAGCCUUUCUCCAAAAUUGAACAGUAUUUGAUAAAGAAAAGUUCUAGUGGAGCUCACAGUGGAAAAACUGGUUUCACUACAUCUAAAGUUCGCGUAUUGAAACCCACUGUUCCUUUUUCGAUGGAGAGUGAUCCAUCACGGAGAGAAGAACUGAAACAGCAAAAUGGUGGGAGCUACAUCACCAAUAAUCUGGGCAAAAUAUUUCGUGCUUUCGGACUGAAUGAUCGCAAUAAUCACAAUAGCGCUCCGGAUGGCACGGCUCAUGGUCAAGAGCCGAAAAGCUCAGGAAUAUCACUUUUGAGUCAUCACCAUGGUGCAGCACCCACUGCUAAAACGGCGGGAGCCAGUAGAAGCAAACCCUCGUUCAAACUACCACUAGAAAGUACUUUCCUGGACUAUUGUCGUGAAUACUUUCAAGAGCCUCAGAUGAGAAAGCAUGAGGCAGAUGAGCUCGGAAGUGUUGAAUAUAGUACUAGACUAUGGCGCAGGAACCGCAACGAGGCAGUCAUCCAAGAGACACAAGCUCAGAAAAGCUUGGCCCUUUAUGGUGAUUGGUCAAGUCGUCUAGUCACUUUGGACAAUAAGACACAUCCGAAAGUAAUCGAGUUUGCUCAGUUUGAAAAUUACCUCGUAGCAGCAGAUGAAAGAGACACUAUCACUGUGUUUGAUUGGGAACAAAAAGUUUCGUUGACCAAAUUCUCAAACGGUAAUCCUUUUGGUACGAAAGUGACAGAUCUGAAGUUUGUUAAUGAAGACGAUGCUGCCCUUCUAUUAGCUGCUUCAUCUGAAGGAAUCAUUAAAAUCUACAAGAACAUUGGCUGCCCUGACGAUCUUGAAAUGAUAUCAUCGUGGAGAGGUCUAACAGAUAUGCUACUCACUCCCAGAUCUAGUGGUCUCUUGACAGAAUGGCAGCAGAUCCGAGGCUCGUUGCUUACCACUGGUGAUGUAAAGAUUAUUCGGAUAUGGGAUGCGCAUACUGAAACUGUGCAAGUCGACAUUCCAGCUAAAACGUCUUCCCUUGUGACAUCGAUAACUUCAGACCAGUUGGCCGGUAAUAUUUUUGUAGCUGGUUUCGCUGACGGUUCUCUGCGUGUUUACGACCGACGCAUGGAUCCUAGAGAUGCCAUGUUUCGUUUGUGGAGGUCGGGAAAUGGUAGGCACCGCUCUUGUAUUAAUAACGUGCACAUGCAACGAGGCGGCUACAGAGAGCUCGUCAGUGGCGCUACCAACGGCUUAGUGGAAUUGUGGGAUAUCAGAUCUCAGAAUCCGGUAGAAUCUUUCAAAGAUGAAAGCUUCCAGCAACACGGCACUGAAAAAAGACAAACGACUAUGACAACUAUGGAGGUUCAUGAACACGCGCCUAUUAUCGUAACAGGUACCAAACAAAUUAAAAUAUGGACUACAUCGGGGGAUUUGCUGAACAGUUUCAAAAACCAUCACAGCAGCGGUGGAGUAGCAGGCACCUUGGCGGCCACUGGAAUACGUUCGACGGUUCCUUCGAGUAGCUUUUUGUCUGCGAUGAAAUUUCACCCUCAUAAGAUGAUGCUUGCAGCCACAAGCUCUCACGAUUCUAACAUCAACAUUUUCCAAUGCGAAGAUAGAAGAACGGAAUUUUACUAA